AUGGUGUUGGUUUGUGCUUCUUCUACCUUUUCACUCACAAACUCUGUUCCUUUCACUUGUCAGAUUUCAACAACACCUUUUGGUUCCUCUUUCCUAUUCAACAACAGAGUUACUAAUGUUUCUGUUUCUGUUUGUCAUGCUAAGAAGAAAAUUGGAUUUUUUGAUCGAAUUCUUGAUUACAUUGAAGGAGGUCCUAAAUUGAGGAAAUGGUAUGGUGCACCUGGUCUCCUAGAAAAAGAUGGUACUUCUACUUCAGAUGAUGCUACUGAAGAUUAUCCAGAAGAUGAAGUUAGGGAUGCAGUCCUGGUAACAGAUGGAGAUAGUGAGAUGGGUCAGAUGGUGAUAUUGUCAUUGAUUGUGAACAAAUCUCGAGUAAAGGCAUUGGUAAAGGAUAAACGAGUUGCACUUGAAGCCUUUGGAAGUUAUGUUGAGUCAAUGGUAGGAGAUACAGGCGACGGCCAAUUCCUCAAGAAAGCUCUGCGAGGAGUUAGCACAAUUAUAUGCCCAAAUGAGGGUUUUAUUUCUAGUGUUGGGAGCCUUCAAGGGGUAAAGCAUGUGAUCCUCUUAUCACAGUUGUCAGUUUAUAGUGGUAAAAUUGGAAUUCAAUCUAUGAUGAAAAGCAACGCGAAGAAAUUGGCCGAGCAAGAUGAAUCUGUAUUGAGUAGCUCAGGAAUUCCUUACACCAUAAUCAGAACUGGCGAAUUACAAGAUACACCUGGUGGAAAGCAAGGUUUUACCUUUGACAAGGGAUGUGCAGGUAGCGGAAGUAUUAGCAAAGAAGAUGCUGCCUUUGUAUGCGUAAAAGCUCUGGAGUUUGUACCACAAACUGGAUUCAUAUUUGAAGUGGCCAAUGGGGAAAAUAAAGUUUCAGAUUGGAAAGAGUGUUUGGCUGCAUUGAUGGAGAAAUCAAGUCAACAACCUCUUCAAUGA